UUGAAGGUUCUAGGGCUCUUGUAUACACACACACACGAACACAAACAUUGUGAAAAUAAAAAAAAAUUAUCAUGCAGAAAUCAGAAACACAUAAAUAUCCUUUUAAAGCGCAGACGCACAUGUCUUAAUAACCCAAUACAAGCUCUCACUUCACAUAUUUAUUUACUGCACAUAUAACCUCCAGGCCUGCAAUCUGUCAUUCAUCCUCACCAAGUAACAGGUGGCUGGACGCAUGGGCGGAUUCCUCGUCCACACCAUCAGCGCCGUGGGCUGCUGUAAAAAGCGGUGUCGUGCGGAGGGGACAGCAGUUCCCAAGUCGCUCUUCACCACACCAAAGGGCUGGUGUGCUGUUCACCUGUAAAGUCCGAGCUGCCGCUGUUUACCACGAAGAAUGGCGAGAAUGACCGGCCUGAGUGUCGUCUGCCUCCUGUUGUCUCUUGUCCUGUCAUCGCCGGUCCAGGGUAAAUGCUACAUAUACGAGACUUACAUUGAUGGCCCGACAGGAAUGCCAUACUGCUUGGCGGAGAACCAGGUACUGUAUAUCAACCAAUGGGCUGUGACCCCCGAGUGCUACAACUGCACGUGCCAAGAGAAGAAAAUGACCUGUUGCGCGGUGGGCGUUAAAGCGUCCGCCAUCGCCCCUCCCCCGCCUGGUUAUAAAAUCCAGAUGAUGCCACCAUGUAGUUACACCUUUGUGCCACGUACAUCCGAGGACUUCAACACACUGUGAUGGUCACUGUCAAGGGACACUACCAUUCUACUCCCUGUCUGUGUUUGUCUCCCUUUCAGAGACUGAUAUUUAUAGAAUCUGACUCGCAUUUCGGUUCUCUCUGAUUGUUGUUUGAUCAUGUUAUCCAGUUAUUGUGGUAGCUACAUGUAUUGAGCUAUAAUAACAAAAUGAGUUUAAGUGAAUAAUGUGAACUGAUAGUGUGAGGGAUAGAUAAAUAUUUCUGUGCACGCGCACAUACUGCUUUCCAUCUUUCUUCACUAUCUCAAAGCUCUCUUUUCACUUUUUCUCACACUUUUCUCUUGAUCUUUAUAACUCUCUUUUUCUUCCGCUCUAGGUUUUUGUUUCUCUUUUCUAUUUUUUUUUUUUUUUGGUGUGCUUAUCUUCUCUCUUCUCUCUCCAGGUUUUCGUCGUUGUCUCACUUCUGGUUCCUGUUUCUAUUUCUCUCUUCUUUCUUUUGUCUUUUCUCUCGUCUCUGUCUAGUAUUUCUCACUUCUCUCCCUUCCCAUCAUACAGAUUUGUCUGUCUUGCCUCUCUCUCUCUCUCUCACACAAACACACACACCUUUUUCUUGUUUAGUCAUUUCCACUUUUUCUCUCUCUUCCCCUCUGAUAGGUCACCCUGUCAACUUAUAUCCUAUUCAAAACGAGCUAUAUAUAGUUAUCUUUGUGCAGAGUAUUUUUGCUAUUUGGAGCAAUCCUUUGCGACUAAACAAACAAACAGACAGACAAACAAACAAAGAGAGAAACAAAGAGAGAAACAAAGAGAGAAACAAACAAACAAACAAACAAACAAACAAACAAACAAACAAACAUGCUUUAUAACAACAUACACGAAGCGAACUUAGAGAGCUUGGCAAAGACCAAAGACCUCUUCUUGUGAUAUUUAGUGAGAAUUAGACCAAACGAUGUCAACCAGACCAACAUCCCUGCAAAUGUACAACAGUGCUCGGUCUUUGUCAUUUACUAGGUGGCGCUGUAUGUUUACAUUUCCGGCUCUUUACUUGUUCUUUAUUAAAGCUGUCUUGAAGUCUUCAA